AUGUUCGAUAUCGUGUAUGCAGAAGAUGACCUAUCCUCCAUUGGAUCAGAGUCCGCAUUUGGUGACGACAUACCAUCAGAUGAAUCCGUUGGAAGUGCAGGAUCUUCGCUAGCAAGUAUUACCUCUUCGUCGCUGCUGGGAGCAAUAGACGGGGCUACUCGCACCACAGCAGAUGAUUUGUCAACAUACUAUGAUUCAGAUCUAGAUAGUGAUUGUGAGGAUGACGAAGAUGAUUAUGUUGAUGAAAGCAGCAUAUCACAUCACUUUCAUUCGUGUGACGUCGAGGCGACAGAUGACGACUUGUCGUUUGUUUCAGACGAUUUUGACCUGAAUCUCAGCUUUAGUGAUGAUGAAGACGAAUUAAUUUCAGAAUCAAAUCGGUUUGAACGCACUGUGGAACUAACACCAGAUGUAUCAUCACUGCGGAAACGAGUACCUUCCGAAUUUCACAUUACAUCGCCGGGUGUAGAAGACGAUAAGGCAUGCAAAUGUGAAUCGUAUUUGGAUCCUUCUCAGAGCCGAGAACAAUUUUUUGCUCACGCAGCAAAGGUCAUCCAACACGGUUUAGCAACAAAGAAUAGUCGAGUGCCUGGGAUAUGCUCGUUAGACUCGUCGUUGCACUUGCAAAGGACGAUGGUUCGACUGCCAUCUCGCAGUGUGUCACUGGACGUCAGCGUUCGGUUGUAA